UUUUGAGAGAGAGAGAGAGAGAAAGAAACACAGAAUCUGAAGCAGGCUCCAGGCUCUGAGCUGUCAGCACAGAGCCUGAUGCGGGGCUCAAACCCACGAACUGUGAGAUCAUGACCUGAGCCAAAGUCGGAUGCCCAACUGACUGAGCCAUCCAGGUGCCCCACCAACUGACAUGUUUAAAGUCUUCUAUUCCUUUCCAACUUUGUCAGAUUGAUCCAGUUGAUUCUAUUUGCUGAUUGCUUCAAUCAGGAAAUCCGUUUUGUUUGUUUGCUUAUUUAUUUAUUUCACAGUGCAUGAGAGCAGGGGAAGGGCAGUGGGAAAGGGAGAGGGGGAAUCUUGAGAGCAUUGACUUGAGCUGAAAUCAAGAGUCAGAGGCUUAACUGACUGAGCCACCUAGGUGUCCCCAUUUUGAUCUUUCAAAUAUUUUCUUCCUGCUCACAGAGCUGUAUGCUCUCAAUUCACAGCUAAAAAUGACAAAGGCUUGUGUGUGUGUGUGUAUGUGUGUGUAGGGAGCCCUAAUUCUAAUUAUUUUCCAUUAUGAUUGACAUCCAUUGAAGCUCCCAGUCUAGGCAACACAUUUGUACUCAUCCUUUUAGUAAACAAAAGCAUGUUUUUAUAUGAAUUGACAUAGAAGGAAGGGAGGGUUGAAAGAAUAGACCUGGAAGUGAAUUGCCUGCUAUUGCCUUAAGUUAAUUAAAAGCAGACACAUAAAACAUUUCAAUGUGACUUGCUUUAUUCCACUUCAUUUCAUUUUCAGAAUAGUUCUGUGAAGAAGAGAACCCGCACCUAUAGUCAAUAAAAUUUUUAAAUGAAAAUAAGCAACCUACUUUUUCCUAUUGCAAAAACAAUGCUUUUUCAUUGUAGACAAAUGUUUAAUAAUAAGUAAAAAAGAUAAUCCUCCACAAUUCCAUCAUCUGCCUGUGCUCUCCAAUAUGGUCUCUACUAGCCACAUGUGGCUAUUGAAAUUAAUUAGACAAAAUUAAGAGUUCAGUUCAUCUGUGGCACCGCUACAUUUUAAGAGCUCAGCCGUGUACCUAGUGACUACUGUUUUGAAAAGGACAGAUUAUAAAACAUGCCCAUCAUUGUAGGAAGUUCUGUUGAAUAGUCCUUAGGGGGAAACUGUUCCUUCCUCAGUAUUUAUCUUUUCAGAACUUUGGGUGUGUGUAUUUAUGUUGAUAUACAAUGGGAUCAUACUAUUUUGUUACCUGCUUCUUUCACUUAAUAAAUAGGGAGCAGAUUUCUAAAUCCUCAAAUGUUCUAUAUCACUUUGGGGAGGAUUAAAACAUUUUUUUAGAAUGGAAAAUGUCAAACAUAUACAACAUAGAAUAAUUAUAAUAGUAACUCAGGGCUAACAUUGUUUUAUUAAUACUCUCACCCAUUUUUUCUCUUCCCCAGAUUUUAUUUUGAAUCAAGCCUCACACAUUUCACUAACAAGUCAUUCAGUAUGUAUCUCUAAAAGAGAAAAAGGCAAUCACAACAUCACACUUCUUUAACUAUAAAACUACAGUCAGUAUUCAUAUUAUCCCAAAUGUAUCAAAUAUACUUUUUAAAAGUAGACUCUUCAAGUCACAACUCACAGAAGUUCCAUUCAUUGCAGUUGGCUAGUAUGUCUCUUGAGUCUCUAAAUCUACAAAUUUUUCUUCCAUUUAUUAUUAAACAUUUCUAUUUGCAGUUUGUGAAUACAUCACUUUUAAUGACAGCAUCAUUUUUGUUUAACCACUUCAUUGAUGAACAUUUGAUUCCAAUUUCUUGCCAUCAUAAAUCUAGCUCUGCUUAUCCUUAUGGCUUUUUGCAUACAUUCUUAGUUAUUUCCUCAGGACAGAUUCCUAGAAGUUGGCUGGAGUUGGCUGACUCACAAUGGGUGGGUAUAUUUUUGAGUCAGUAUAUAUCAAUGAGUCAGGCACUGUGUUAGGUAUUGGGGAUAUUAUGGUGAAAAAAAAAAAAGAUGUACUUCCUAUUUUCUUGGGAUCUUGUCUUCUUGGGAUCUUGCCUUUCUCCACCUGCAGUGGAGGAAGAUGGGACCGAAUAGUUUAUAGGUGGCUUUCAUAGGAUUGUUGGACGAUAGUGCCUCACCUGGACACUGGAUGGGUUGGUGUUCAGAGACCACUCAUCAAGGCAGUGACAUGUAAGUCAAGAUUGUAUGCAGAAAGAGAGUUUGGCUGGGUGAAGAUCUAAUGCAGUGCUUUACAAACUUUGGUCUGUAAAAGAUUCACUAUUGAGGCCUGGGCUCAUUGAAGAUACAUAGGUCCUGAACCUUUGUGUUUUUACUAAGUUUCUCGGGUGCUUCCAGUGCCACACCAAAUCAAGAACCACUGUCUCCAAGAGAAACACUCAUCUGGGCAGGAGAGAACUGAGAGUCUUCUUAGAGGCCAGAAAGAUUUUAGCAUUGCCAGAGUGCCCUCCAGAAAAGUCCCCUCCCUCCAUCUGCUGUAGAGGAAAAUGUCUGUUUCUCUGUAUCCUUGACAAUUUUGGGUACUAGUCAAUAUGACAAAAAUAUGAUAAUCCAACAUUACAGAUGAAAAAAAACAAUUCUAAUCUCUGGUGAGAAGUCUGAGAACUUGACCGAAGUUACAGUUAGAACUGAAGAGUUCCUGUGGUUACCAAAGUUCUUUGUGUAUUUAGCCAUGUCAUUAUAUACCCAGCUAUGGGCUUAGAAAACAGCCCAUGUCACCAUCUGACACACUACACAUUUCUAAUCUCUGUUUUCCCCUGCUAGAAUAUAAGCUCCGUGAGGGCGGAGACUUCUGUUUCUUUUCACUGAUGUAUUCUCAGAUGCUACUGUGCUUGACAUAUAGUCGUCACUUGUUACCUCUUGAAUAAACGACUGGCUACCUUCAUUCAACCAAUUGAUUUAGUUUCCAGUCAGCAAUAUAUUUCAGGAAGCUGCAAUGUUAAUUUUUUUUAUGGUUAAAUAAUUGGAAUGAAGAAGCUACAAAAUGGAGAUGAGACUAGUCUCGAGUAUGUUCCUGUGUUUACAGAAUUUGUAUGUAAAAUUUAAACUGUCUUGUUAUUCAUUUCUUAUCCAUGAAUUCCGGGAGUAGUGAUCUUAUAAAGGUCUGAAAAAUAAAAUAUUUGUUGAAUAAAUUCUAGAAUAAGUGGUGGAAGGAAAAGCCGUGUUAUUGAUGGUGUAGGUGGGGGAGGGGGGGCUAAAAGGCACCAAGAGGAAUUAUUUUUCUCUUAUUAAUGAACAACAAUUACGACAAUAAUAUAGCUGUAGCACACUGCUGUGGGGGUUCUGUGGAGCAUAUACUAAAGUCUUAAUGGAGAUUUAUGGUUUGGUAUUUGUAAUUACCUUAGUAAAGCUAUGGUUACUGGAUUGUAUUUUGGCACUUGGAUAUUUAGACUUCUUGUAGAGUUUGGUGUUUCUAGCAUAGUUUAUAUUGUUUGCUAAUUGUCAGGCACAGUUUUAACUACUUCUUGUGUAUUUUCUCUCAUAACCCUAGGCGGCAUAGGUGCUCAUAAUAGCCCUGUUUUACGUAUGGGUGUAACUGCAGCUCAGAUUAAGUAAUUUGCCUGACGUCUAAUAAUUUGCAUUGCUAGAGCUGGACUUCCAGCUUUCUUAACUUGGAGAGCUUGCUCUUGUAACCACAGUGUCUGCUAAAAGCUGUGGUAAAAUACAAUUCAGAGCUCGAAUUAUUGCUUUCAGUGCUAAUCUUGGCUGAAAACCUGGGCAUGAGAAGCAGUUAAGACUUGGGUUGAGAUCCGAUUCCAUUGCUUACUAGCCAACUAGCUUUGGGUAAUAUACUUCUCUGAAUCUCAAUUUCCUCAGUUGUAAAGUGCAAAUAAUACCUCUUCUUAAGGUUGUGUAGAUUAAAUGAAUUCAAGUAAGAGCCUAUCAUGCAAGUGAGUUAAUUCAGGUAUCAGGGCUCCGCUCAACACACAAGAUGACUAGUAUGUAUUGAAUUUGUUGCUAACCUUGCUUCAGAGCUCCAGUAUUUUUUCAGAAAAGUGUUAUCCCGAUUGAAACGAACAAGAGUUAAAAAUGAGAUGAAUUGUGGUUCUGGGUACCAUGCUUUGACCAAUAACGGCAUGGCACAAUAAACUGCUGAGUGAGAAUUCACCAGUGCAUGUGCAUUCGCUUCCACGUCUAUCAAGCAUGCAGAUCAUUUGUACAUGUUUAAAUGCUAUGGUAUUAUCGUCAGUCCUUAGAAGACUGAAGUUAAUGAGUUUUUUAUGGGGUAGUUGUCAGUGUCCAACUAUCUAAGGUCAAAACCGCCACUCUGUGACCUUGGGCAAGUUACCUCAGUAUGCCUCAGUUAAAAUUUUGAAACACUACCUGGUACAUCUUAAGGCUCUUUUCAAGUCAGUUAAAAAAAAAAAAAAAAAAAAAAAAAAAGACUUCAUCUCUGGCGUUACUCGCCUGGGGCUCAGGAGUCUCUCCCGAAGUCGUGGGCAGCGGGGUCCCCCUGCUGGCCACAUCCUUCACAUAGCCUUCGUUCGGCCUCAGGUGCCCGUGCCCUGGGCAGGCCAUUUCCACCCCAAGGAAAUUCCUAAUUUACCGUGAAUGAGGAAGGAGCUGGCGAGUUUAAAUUCCCUAGCCCCAGCCAGUCUCCCAGGUGUGAAGGGAGGGAGUCGGGGAGAGGGCUCAAAGCCUGCAAACAUUCGGGGCAGAAAGGUAUAGAGAUAAAAUUUUCUCCUCUCUCUGCGUCCAGUUUUGUGGUUUUGCUAACCGAAGGUCCUGCGUUGGGGCGCCUCUAUGCCUUUCAAGGCUCAGCUUCGAUAUCUAGCGUCUGGGGCUAGAUAUUUAGGACGGCCAGUUUUAACAGACCUUACAGCCGGCUGGCUUUCUCCAAGUCUGAAUACUUACCCGCCCGCUCGGUCCUUCCCAGCUCGAAUAGCUCUAAAUCUAGGACCCAGCGGCUGCCCGGCGGCCCUGGCUCCGCCUCUCCGCGCAUCAGCGCCCGAGGAUUGGCUCCGGGCAGCGCGGCACCGCCCCCGUUAUGGCCGCUGUCCGCCGCCUAGGCUACUAAGUGGCUGCCAGGGUGCUGGUCUCGGCUCUCCCUCCCCGGCUGCUCGGUCCGCCGGCCCGUGGCGCAUGGGUCGGCGAGGCGGGCCCCCAUGCGCUCGGGCCAUGGCGCGCCUGGGCGCUGUGCGCUCCCACUACUGCGCGCUUCUGCUGGCCGCAGCGCUGGCCGUCUGUGCCUUCUACUACCUCGGCUCGGGCCGGGAGACCUUCUCCAGCGCCACCAAGAGGCUGAAGGAGGCCCGCGCCGGGGCCCCUGCCGCGCCCACGCCGCCCGCACCGGAGGUGGCGCGGGGCUCCGUGGCGCCGGCCCCGGGCGCCAAGGCCAAGAGCCUGGAGGGCGGCGUGGCCGGACCGGUGGACUAUCACCUGCUGAUGAUGUUCACCAAGGCGGAACACAAUGCCGCGCUGCAGGCCAAGGCCCGCGUCGCGCUCCGCUCCCUGCUGCGCCUCGCUAAGUUCGAGGCGCACGAGGUGCUUAACCUGCACUUCGUGAGCGAGGAGGCCAGCCGCGAGGUGGCCAAGGCCCUGCUUCGAGAGCUGCUGCCGCCCGCCGCCGGCUUCAAGUGCAAGGUUGUCUUCCAUGAUGUCGGCGUGCUGACGGACAAGCUCUUCCCGGUGGUGGAGGCCAUGCAGAAGCACUUCAGUGCUGGCUCAGGGACCUACUACAGCGACUCUAUCUUCUUCCUCUCGGUCGCCAUGCAUCAGAUUAUGCCCAAAGAGAUCCUGCGGAUAAUUCAGCUGGACCUAGACCUGAAGUACAAGACCAACAUCCGGGAAUUGUUUGAGGAGUUUGACAAUUUCCUGCCAGGCGCCGUCAUUGGCAUAGCAAGAGAGAUGCAGCCAGUAUACAGGCACACGUUCUGGCAGUUCCGCCAUGAGAACCCCAAGACCCGGGUUGGGAGCCCGCCCCCCGAGGGGCUCCCCGGCUUCAACAGCGGAGUGAUGCUGCUGAACCUGGAGGCCAUGCGCCAGUCCCCCCUCUACGGCCGCCUGCUGGAACCCUCGCAGGUGCAGCAGCUGGCUGACAAGUACCACUUCCGCGGCCACCUCGGGGACCAGGACUUCUUCACCAUGAUCGGCAUGGAGCACCCCGAGCUCUUCCACGUGCUGGACUGCACCUGGAACCGGCAGCUUUGCACCUGGUGGAGGGACCACGGCUACAGUGACGUCUUUGAAGCCUACUUCCGGUGUGAGGGCCACGUCAAGAUCUACCAUGGGAACUGCAACACCCCUAUCCCGGAGGCCUAGGCACAUUCUCGUCCGCCAUGCCAUCGGAUCUCUGGAUCUCCUGGAAGCAAAGGGGCGCCUCUGUUACAGGCCCCAGGGUGGCAUCUGACCCUCCAUGGGGAUGUCCUUUGCGAUGACAGCUGCAGCUGUCCCACCCCACAGGUUGUUGUCCUGAGGCCACCCGGUGAGGCCUGGCCUACACAUUGCUGGUGCUUGGGCCUUUUCUCUCCAGGGGACCAGGCAUCGUGGAGGGCAAACACAUAGACAUCUUCCGUUGGGCUAGGAAGCGGGCAUUUAAAGAGAAGAAAGGAAAGAAAAUGGCGCUCAGUGCCCUUAGCCUCCAAAGAAUGGAAAUGCCUGGCCUUUUUUAGACCAAAUAUAAAUUUAUUUUACAUUAACAAGCUUCCAUUUUGCAGGAAAUAACAAAACAGUACUGCUGUAGAUCCCAGGGAGCUCUGAACGAGUGAGCCAGGGUUUUAACAGCCAGCCCAGAGUUUAAGCAUCCAAAUCAACAUCAGCCUUCCACAUGUGCACCCUGGGAGGCUGUGUGCUUGUUCCCGCGAUGCCCACAUUACCUCGUAUAGGUUUAAAGGUCACCACCUCUGCGGGGAGAGAGCCUUUAUGGCCAGCAGUGGCCCACAUGAGGAAACUGGGCUCAUUAUUUCAGCCUCCACAGCUUUUCUCUCCCAACUACAUCACAGAACCUCGUUAUCCCUUAUUCAUCCAAGCCGGCUUCAGGUGACCAGACUGUGCUCAGAAAUCAGAUCCGCCAUCAAAGAACAGAGCUUGGCCACCCCCAAGGACACGCAGUAGAGUUGUCUGGACAGGAAAGACUCAUUCCAAAGAGGAGCCCAGCAGUGUAUGUGCAUAAACGUGUGGCCCGGAAGGGGUGCCGCUCAUAGGCUAAUAAGCAUUCAGUCUCUGUUUAAAAAAAUCAUCCUGUGACUUUCUUAUUGUAUCAUAUCAGAUCCUGUACCUUAGAAAAAAUUAGGCUCUUCUCUGAAUGAGUUCCCUUGUAAGAUGCAGACAUGAAGCCCCUGGUGGUCCAUUUUGUCUACUCUAGCAGAGGUCCUCGGGAUGGGGGAACUGCUGUUAGAUUUUCAUCUCCUUUUAUUUCAAUUUCAUUUACUUUUUUAUUUUUCACCGUGAGUGAGAACAGCUAAUAAAUCAUUUGAGAACACAAUGAUUAUGCUGUUUGUUCUCUGAUCACAGCUUACUGCUACCUGAAGGUUCCGAAUCAAGAGUGUAAUCAGUGUCAUUCAGAGCCGCCUGCCCCCCCCCCCCCCAAGUCCACAUGAUUAAGCUAAGCGUGCUCACUGCGGACUGCAGACCACGGACCACGGGGGAGCGUGUCUGAGGUGGGAGCAGGGAGGGUAACAGUGCUGUGCCACUCGAGAACCAUUGCAUUCUGGGUAUAGGCAGGCCCGUCUGCUCCCGGGAGCAAAGGCAGUCCCUUCCCUUCUCACCUUUCCUAGCCCAGACUGCCCGGUUACAUCAUCCCCUGACGAAGUGGAGCGUGUCCCUCUCCUGACUCUGCUCUGACAGAACUGGUCUGUUCUCUUAGGUACUUGACUUCCUAUUUAUAGCUACCAGUUAUUGAAUGCCUGCUGUGUGCAUCGUAUUGGGGGAUUUAUGUAUGCUCUUGAUAAUACUCAUGAAAACCUCAUGAAGGCAAUUCAAAUUCUAAAAUUUGUAAGAAAAUAGCAAGAGAUGUGGACAGAGAGUCAUUAUUUAUCACACUGAGUUUUUUUAAUAGAGAACAACCAGGAGCAACUUCCAGUGUUGACUAGGGGAGUGGAUAAAUAAUGUAUGCUAUAUCCAAGGAAUAAAAUAAUGUGGGCAUUAAAAUCAUAUCUUUAAAGAAUAUCUAAUGCCUUGGGAAAUGCUUACAAUGUACUGUUAAGAAUGCAAAAUAUAAGAUUAUAUGUACAGUGUGAUCCUCAUUUUAAUUGUAAGAUUACAUAUGUGUGUGUAUGUGUACAUGUAAAAAGAGAACCUGUUCUGCUAUAUUUAAUUAAAACCCAUAUGUUUCAAACACCACAUUAAAAAAAAUUAUUUCAAUGGGAAAAAGAUAAAAUGCUAAAGAAUUUUAGACUCAGAAUAACAAAGGUAUUUUUCCUACAUCAAUUUCAAUAAUUCACAUGUUUCUGUAGCCAUGAGAGUCUUCUGUUAUUGCAAAGAAAAAGUAAACUGGUUGAUCAAAAUGGGCAAAGGCCAAACCAAAUCUCCUCAUUUACUUUUGAGCUCACCUACUCCAGAGCUCCCCCUUCCUCUGUCACCAGUGGCCUUGGUGAACAGCAAAAUAACACCCAGCGGGAAGUCCAGCCAGCCCAGCAGAGCCAAUGGGCGUUCCUGUGCUGUACGAUGAGCCACUUUUGGACAGAUCUUGGAGGGCCGGUUCAUCACUGGAAUCCUGUUAUCAUCAUUGCAGUACAAACAUAACCAAUUGUGCUGUGGUUAAUUUGUGUGAUGAAAACUUUCACUGCAGAGCAUAUGUAUGCCUAUAGGAAGGAGUAAAACAAGACUGAAAAGAACAUUUCUGGGAACUAGGAAGGAUUAAGGUGCUUUCUAUCUUCAUCUUUAUUUAUUUCUGUAUUUCUGAAUGUUAAUUACUUUUGUAAUAAACAAUAAAUGCUAUUAAAUUGUGGCCGCUGCCACAGGUAAUUACAGGUAAGUGUCGCCCUGGCUAUUCUACUCCUGGUUGGCCCUGGUUACCAUUGACCGUAAGAAAACAUAAUCUCGGCUAAGUAGGCUCUGGGUUUUCAACUUUCCCUAUGGAUGCCCUAGUUCUCUAAAUAAAAGUGACCUAAUAAUAGCAUCUCCAGCCUCUGCUU